AUGGACGAAUCCAGAAAACUCAAACCCACAGUGGAAAACACUAACCCAUACCUAUGGGAGAUGCAACUUCUCACUCAAGAAUUUAAUGAGCGCGAAGCAAAUUCCAGAGGCAGUCUCAAUGACUUAGCAGAUCAAGCAAGUCUACAACAACACAAUGUCGCUGUCGCAAAAUUGGAAGAUCGAAAGCGUCGUGCUAAGGCGACUGUUGAUGCAGAUCGGAGUUUGGAAAUCGAUAUCAUCAACAAGAAAUAUGGGGAAAAGUCGCAAGCACUCGAGGCAGAUUAUACCAAGAAACGAGAAGAUCUGGAGAUGAAAUUGUUCAAGAAGAGCGGUCAUUCUUAUAAGAGACUUCAAGAACUGCAUGCUAAGAAUCUUUUGCAAAUUCAAGAGUUCGAAGAAAAAGCAAAGGAUAUCUUGCAGCGAAUGUCGAAGAGCUUGAAAGAAGAAAAUGCCAUUUCUACAAUGGGUUCUAAUCUUGCAAUCUCUGUCACAGCCACUGGCGCCAUCGUCGAUACCCCACCUACCAGUUCCGCUGGUGAGUCGACGAUGCCCGUGAGUCGAACUGAAAGAGUGAUUAAGGAUGAAUAUCUUAUGGCUAGCCCAGAUGACGAUCAAUCACUUUUCGUAGAUUCUCCAGAGUUUGAACCCAGAGUUCCUCCACCGAUGGAAGCUUCAUUGGAUUCUCAUCCUCUGACUGCAAGCCUUGGGUUCAGACCAUCUCCAAAUGAUGAUCACUCGAUUAAGCAUCAAAAGACUAAGGAAUUGCCAUCUACCUCGAUCAAGAGGGAAUCAUCUCCUUCAAUGAAUGAUGCAUCCUAUGCUCAAGACCUUUUGAGCAUUCAUGCUCAUCAGUCCUACUUCCCCUCUACGACGACCGCAGGCCGAUAUUGUAACCCUGGCAAGGAAAACGAAACAAUCCUUCAUAAUGGUUCUAUGUCACCAAUUUCAGUUUCUACUAGACUUCAACCGGCUCACGCGCAGCAAACUUUGGUCAAUAGCCCCACAUUGAACGUUUCCAGCGGCCUUCCUGCUUCUGCACAAUUCGCACGUCGAGGUUACUCAUCGUCACAAAUCAGUAGACCUCUCAUCAGCGCUCCCAGAAAGACAUUUUCGAACGCUGGACUCACCGACAAUGCCUCGAGCAUUGGAGAGAAACAAUGCAACGAUUAUCGCCAAGGCCAAACGAUCACUCCCUUAAAGCGCAAGGCUUCCGGCGUUAAUUUGAGCGAUCUUUACGAUGAUAUGGAGACCUCGAAGGCUGGAGCCCCGACUCAAAUUCAGCAAAAGUCUGAGGAAGUAUCUAGAGUUCGAGAAGUACGCCGAAGCGCAACCAAUGCUUCAAGUGCUAGUGGUGCGGGUAGGAACUGGAUUGGCCAAACCCCCCAAUUCGGUCGGCAAGAGGCUAUCAAGGAGGAGCCAACUUCAGCAGUGACCAGUGUAUCUCGAUAUAUGAAUCCAGAGCCAGCACACAUGCCAAGUCCUGUCCAUCAACCUAGUAACGUAGAGGCAAUGCAAUCAAGGGUCUUGACUCCAAGACAUAGUAAUGUAGGCUCAUCGCGAAGAACGACCACUGGCACUGGAUCCUUCAGCUCAGAGCCAUCUCGACCGUUAGCUGCUACCCACAAGCUUAGCGUUGCAGAGGCUCGACUAUCCUUUGGCUCUAUUCCUAUCGAGUAUAUCUCUUAUGAUGCUGGCACCCCCUCCCGCUCCUUCCCUGUUACCUGGUCUGGCACGAAAGGUAGUCACAACUAUAGGCAGCAAGUCAGUCAUAACUUUAGGCUACAAGUGAUGCUCACGAAAAACAAGGUCUUGCACCCCUAUGAUGGCGCUGAUGACAAAUCCUCACAGUAUCCCAAAUUGGUAGUCGAUGAUUCUUGGGUUCUUGGUGGCUUCUAUCACAAAGAGUCGGGCAACUACAGAAUCGAGAUUUAUAGGCCGAGAUCGAAGAGGGAGUAUAGGGCGGAAUUUGAGGAAGGUCAUGACCGUGUCGAGACCCAAAGCGCGAGGUUGAGAAUUGAAUUUGCCGAGGAAGUAGCACUUAAUCACUUCCUUCAGUGGUAUGAAAAGAUGCACCCUAACGCUGAAAUUAAUCCUGAUGAUCGCCUUGGCUCCCUCGGUGAUUUCCAUGACGAGAGCGGUAAAUCCGACCCGGUAUUGAGAGAAAAGAUCGAGAAGAGAGCUCAAAGAUUCGCACUUGUCGCACCUGUUGCGGUCAUGACUUCGGUUUGA